GUAUUAGGGCUGCUGGUGUGGACCCUGAUUGCUGGAACGGAAUACUUUCUAUAUCCGGCCUUUGGCUGGGUGAUGUUUGUAGCUGUGUUUUACUGGGUUCUCACCGUCUUCUUUCUGAUCAUCUACAUGACAAUGACCUACACCAGGAUCCCCCAGGUGCCAUGGACCACGGUGGGUCUGUGUUUUAAUGGAAGUGCCUUCAUUUUGUACCUCAUUGCUGCCAUUGUAGAUGCAUCUUCAGUUACCAAAGAACUGGACAGUCACAAUUACAACAGCUGGGCAGCUUCUUCAUUCUUUGCCUUCGUGGUUACCUCCUGCUAUGCUGGAAAUACAUAUUUUAGCUUUAUAUCUUGGCGAUCACAAACUUUGCAGUAAAUAUUUUGUUAAAAUUAAUUCUGUAGUAUAAAAUACCUUGAGGAUUAUACUCUGACAAAAGCUAGGAAGAGGGAUGAGGUAUUUUUUAACACUUCUGUUAGAAUUGACACAAUAUAUCUUAAGAUGAGAUUAAAAUUAUUAUUUAUAAUGCAAUAUCAUCUGUAGAGACAUCUAACACCAACUUUGUACUGUAUAAUAAAAUUUCAUACUGCUUCUUUAAAAUUAACUUUUUUCUAGACGUUGUAUAGAUGUUGUUACUAAACUUUUAAUAAAUCUUACUCGGAU